CACAGGGCGCCGAGGCCUGGUGCAGCGCUGCUGCGGCGGCCAGGCCGGCGGCCACCCCCGCCGCCGUCCGCGGGCGCUGCCGAGCCGGCCCGGGAGGCGCCUGUCGCGGCUGGAGGUGGGUGAUGCCAAGCACAGCCAUGAAGAAAAAGGUGCUGCUGAUGGGGAAAAGUGGGUCUGGGAAGACCAGCAUGAGGUCCAUUAUCUUUGCAAACUACAUCGCCAGGGACACGCGGCGCCUGGGUGCCACAAUUGAUGUGGAGCACUCCCAUGUUAGAUUUCUGGGAAACCUGGUGUUGAAUCUCUGGGACUGCGGAGGACAGGACACUUUUAUGGAGAACUACUUCACCAGCCAGCGGGACAACAUCUUCCGCAACGUGGAAGUCCUCAUCUAUGUCUUCGACGUGGAGAGCCGGGAGCUGGAGAAGGACAUGCACUACUACCAGUCCUGCUUGGAGGCAAUCCUUCAGAACUCCCCUGAUGCAAAGAUCUUUUGUCUAGUGCACAAGAUGGACUUGGUGCAGGAGGAUCAGCGGGAUUUGAUUUUUAAGGAGCGUGAGGAGGACCUGAAGCGCCUUUCCCGCCCCUUGGAAUGUGUUUGCUUUAGAACUUCCAUCUGGGAUGAAACCCUGUACAAGGCAUGGUCCAGUAUAGUCUAUCAGCUGAUCCCCAACGUCCAGCAGCUGGAAAUGAACCUGAGGAACUUUGCUCAGAUCAUCGAGGCAGAUGAAGUGCUUCUGUUUGAGAGAGCCACGUUCCUGGUCAUUUCUCACUAUCAGUGCAAAGAGCAGCGGGAUGUCCACAGAUUUGAGAAAAUCAGCAACAUUAUUAAACAAUUCAAGCUCAGUUGCAGUAAGCUGGCAGCCUCUUUCCAGAGCAUGGAGGUCAGGAACUCUAACUUUGCUGCUUUCAUUGACAUCUUCACAUCAAAUACAUACGUGAUGGUGGUUAUGUCAGACCCUUCAAUACCCUCUGCGGCCACACUGAUCAACAUCCGCAACGCCAGGAAACACUUUGAGAAGCUGGAGAGGGUGGAUGGACCAAAGCACAGCCUGCUCAUGCGCUGACCCUGGCCCCAGGCUCGUGGCCUUUGGGGGGAGAGAAAAUGAAUUGGAACUACUUCUUUUUGGGAGAAUCUAACAACGUCAGUGUCUUUAUUGGGCUUUGAAAUGAGUGUGCUGCUUUCUUUUUUUCUCCUUGUAACGUUGGACACUGCUCACUCAGAGGAUGGCUGGGGACACUGUGGACCUUGAGAAGAGACUUCCCUGGCAUCCGUGGGCUGGGGAGCAGUGAGGACAGGGCACGUGCACGUGGUCUCAUGCUCCUGGCUUGUGGUAGUGGCACGUGGCAGAGCCGUUUGGGGUGUGUUGCUCCUGGGUGUUGUGUCCCAGGGAUGGAGUAUGUAGUGGUGUUGGGUGGGUGGUUGGUUGCUAGAACACCUUUAUAAAUUCCUCCUUGUCUUCGGUCAUGAAAAUAAAUUUUUGCUACCAGGGAUUUCAGAUCCUAAA